AUGACUUGCAAAUGGUUUGUUUACCAUUGUUCCCUUUGCAAAUUUGACCUUGACAUCAAAUGUGCUUUUCUACCGCCCACCAUUGAAAGUCAAAUUCAUGACCACCCAUUAACCCUCUUUGGGAAGUCGAUCUCCUUCAUUUGCGAUUGUUGUGGUAAAGAUGGCAACAGCAUGCCCUACCUAUGUGGCAGAAACUGUGGAUUUUGGGUCCACCACAAUUGUGCUUCCUUGCCACGCAUGGUCAAACAUAUACGGCAUAAGCACCCUCUCAACUUCAUCAACUCUCUUAAGGCUGACGAUUCCAAGCAAAGAUUUUGUCGUCUUUGUGUUCAAAUGGUGGACACAAACCACGGGGUUUAUUAUUGUUCGAGAUGCGAUUAUGUUGCCCACCUUGAUUGUGCUACGAUCAAGAAAGACAUGGAUGAAACAUUUAUGCGGAAAUUGAAAGGUAAGGAUCCUAUUGAGUCAAUUAUAAUUAUGUUGGAAUACGAAGAUUCAAGUCUUGAUGAAUUUACCAAAGAAUUGUCUUAUAUUGUUAAAAGAACCGAGGGAGAGGACAAAAUUGAAAUGGCCGUAGAAAUCAAACAUUUCAAUCAUGAGCAUGACUUAAAACUUAUUAAAGAGCUUGAGAACUAUGAAAUAUGUGACGGGUGUAUACGGCCUAUAUUUUUCCCACCAUUUUAUAGUUGUGCUCAAUGUAACUUCUUUCUUCACAAAUCUUGUGUAGAAUUACCUACUAAAACACAACACCCACUUCACCAGCACCCACUCGUCUUAUGGCUAAGGAGACCAAAGCUCAGUAUGUGUGAUGCUUGUUUAUGUUUAAGUAAUGGCUUUACCUAUGUGUGCGAUGCAUGCAAUUUUUCACUUGAUGUCUCAUGUAGUUUGAUAUAUGAGACGCUUAAACAUGAUGGUCACAAGCAUCCCCUUAUCCUUUCUAGCUCAACAUCUACAGGAAAGUGCAGUGCUUGUAAUUCUAAGGGUGAAAUCUUUCGCUGUAGUAGAUGUGAAUUUAUCCUAAAUUUUAAAUGUGCUACAUUACCACUCACUGUGAAGUAUGAACAACACGAACACCUCUUUACCCUAUGUUAUACUGUUGAAGAUGACUCGGGUGAAUAUUAUUGUGAUAUUUGUGAAGAAGAACGAGAUGCAAAGAAUUGGUUUUACUAUUGUGCAGAUUGCGAUUAUCCUGCUCAUCCCCAUUGUAUUUUUGGAUAUGCCAAAAAUGAUGAAGAAGACUUUCGAAAUAUCAAGUUUGGGGUCACUUGCACAUAUUCCUUCCAUCAGCAUCCCCUCACUCUUGUUCGUGAGACUAAGGACCAACUUCUAUGUGAUGAAUGUAGUAAACCUUGUGAUGCAUUGGUUUAUGAAUGCACCUCAUGUAACUUCAAUAUUCACCAGAAUUGUUUUGCAAGGUGGGAGAAUGAUAUAAUUGACUUUCGCCCUUAA